UUUGGUUGUAUACACAUAACCAGAAGAUACUUCAUGAUUCGCUUUUUAUGCGUGUAAAGUACAUUCUUAGACUUAUUGCCUAUUAUGCAAAUAAAAUUCUAUUAUAAAAUGGCGAAGAACGAUAGUUCAAUGAUCCUUUGUACAAAUACUGUUCAAGAGAACGAAAGUAUAUUACACGAAUCUUCCAGCAAACAUCAAAUAGAUGCUAAAAGCAACGAAGAUUUUGAGAAGUUGUUUAUGAAACUUAAUUACAUCUGUCAGCUAAAAGCAUCCAAAGAAGAGGUGCAAUCAACUACUUGGAAUAAUAAAAAUGUUAUAACUUACACAUAUGGAGCCAUCCAAGCAUUUCCAUCUGGCUCUUGGUGGGGUAUCCGUAUGGAUUGCUCCAGGGAUCGUGUGCAUGAUCCCUUUGAUGAAAAUAUGCAGAUCGGGCCAUUUGGAGUUACCUCAAUUUGUACUUCGAACAGUAAUCUAAAUGAAGAUGUUGAUUUUGGUAAUUCUCUCACCCUUACGGGUGAAAAAUAUCUUGAUGGAAAGUCUGACAGGGAUCCGCUUAUUAAAAACUAUGAGAAUAAGAUACCAGUGAGAUUAAUCAGAAGUUACAAUCUAUUAAAUGAAUUUGCUCCAAAAACGGGCUACAGAUACGAUGGUCUGUACGUCGUGGCAAACUGUUGGAUAGGUAUAAAUUCAGACGCUACAAAAUAUUACAAAUUCGCUCUAGUACGUUUAAAUAAUCAAGAGCCACCAUUAUGGAGUAUUCAGCAGUCUCCUUUAAGUGGUAGUAAAUCAUACUCGGUUGCACAACUAAUGUCUUUAACUCUUCGAAGCAGCUCAGAGAACACUUCUUCAAGUCCGCAAGAGUUUAGAAAAUACUUGCACAGUUCUGAACGUAUAAUUCAGAAGAGGAAACGUGAGAAAUCUACUGGGUACUUACAAUCUCCGAAUUUCGAAAGCAAAAGAUCAGAUGAGAAAGAAAAGUGUACAUCAGAAAGUGCGAUAGUAACGCGUCACGUAUUUAAAAAGGGAAAUGCAGAAUCUACAUCCGGUGCACCUAGUAUGUCUACUACGUCGGAAAGCAAAUCGUUAACUCAUAUUGGAGCACAAGGCUCCAAAGCUCAUAAUACAAAUAUUUCUAUACGUACAGGACUAUACGAUUCAUCGCAUAAUACACAGAAUGACAUUAAAAAGAAUAUUAUGCCGCAGUUUUGUAGAACCGCUAAACCACUUAAUUUUCUUAAAACUAAUCAAUAUACGGAAACCUUAAAUUUCUCUAAUAUUGAUAAGAGUAGAAGUUCAGAUGGAAAAGUACAAAUUAUUGGAGCAAAUGAAUUUACUAAGCGUGUGAAUUAUAUUUCGCCUAAUACAGUAAAACCAGAUGCUUUGAAAAUAAAAUCAAGUACAGAAAUUAGCGAUAGUCCGACCGAUCUAAUUUCUUGUUACAAAUCCGAAAACAACACCGGCAAAACAUAUGAAAAUGUAAUAAAUGAUUUUAAAGACGUACUUGAAACUAACGCGAGCGUGUCUGAUACUUCCACUAAUAUAUUAAACACGACAAAUAUUUCAACGCAUAAACUUUUACCUAAAGAAGCACAAGAUUUAAAAUCGCUCGACUCCUUAGACACAUUGACACCGGACAAAAUUCUACAUUUAAUUAACAAGAAAUGUCAUCCGCUCUCAAAACUCCUUAUGGGUAAUAUGAUAGGAGUAACAUCAGAACAGUCUAUAGCAUUGAAACCACAUGAUUUGUUAACAGUUCAAUCUGAAAACAAGAAUAAAGUAGAAUUGCAAGAAAGUAGUAUGAAAGAAACAAAGGAGAAGAAAGAUAGUUCGGAUGAUUUAUUGGCAACAAAAUAUUAUAAAUUCAGAAGACAUAGAAGAUUAUCUAGGACAAUGAUGAGUAAACCAGAUGUAAGAAAGUGUGAAAAGAUAUACAAUAAAGAAUUCCAAGAAGGCUCUGUACAGCCUUUAGAUAGUUUGGAACAGAGUGCAAUGGAUUUUAAUAUGUUGGAAGAAGAUGCUUUGAAUUCAAACAAACACAAUACGGAUGUAAAAGAUAUAAUAGUAAAACAGAAACAAAUUAAUUAUCUACCGGAAUCAACAAAAAAUGUUAAUAAGAAUGCAGGAGCUAGAAGUGAGAUAAGAACGCGGUUAAGAACUAUGAAAGCAAUUAAGUCGUCGAUGAAAAAACACAUAAAUAAGAAACAAAGACGAGAAAUUACAAAUUUGUUGAUAGAUGCGAAAAUUGGUCCGAAAAUACGUGGCCCACGAAACAGAAGGCUACGAUGUAUCAGUAACACAUAUACAAAACAUACGCAUGAACGUUUUGCUGCCGGAAUGUGUACCCUAAACAAAUGCCGCAUGAAUUCAGAAAUAUCUGGACAACAAUCAAGCUUCAGGAAUAGAAGUAGAAUUGCGAAAAUCAGAAGCUAUAAACGUAUCAAAGACAAACAGAGUGGAAGUAUUAAAAACUCGGAAGCGUUGAAAGAAAACAGAAUACAUAAGAAUCUCACAGUAUCUAAGAAAGUAGAUAAAAAUGAAAUUAUAAAUAACAAUAACAACAGUGUAGGAGACAAUAAUAAGAAAUCAAAGUCUGUAAAGACUAAUGUUGAAGCAACAAUGAUGCCAAUGGUGGCGAAUCGAAAAAGAAAAUUAAUGUGCUCAGUUUCUACAAAACUAAGAGGGAGUAAAUUUAAACAAGAAAUCCAUGGGAACAGUGACAAAGAAGAUUCCAAACCCUGUAAGACAGAUGCAGUUACUCAAUGUUCCCUCAUUAAAGAACCAUUGAUGAGGAACUUAAAGUUGUAUGAUUUUGGGCAGAAAUGUAAUCGCAGCGAGCAAUACACUUUUAUCAAAAUAGAAUAUGGCGAAAGUAAAGAUGUGAAAUCUGAAACAUGUGAAGCUACUAAAUCAGACCGUGGGAAAAAAAAUCAACAGAAAUAUAAAAAGGACGAAAAAUAUAAAUGUACAAAAUCUAUGUGUAAUACACAAUAUCCUAAACCAACAAAUACAUUGUUAAGUAAUAAUAGUUUGCAUACAAGAGAGCAAAGUAAAUCUUCGAUGGAAAGAGAUGAUUUAAAGAUUGCUCGUCUCAGAUCAAUUGGAUUUAAACCAAUAAUCUCCAACAAUAGCACUGAAAGUGUAAUCGAUCAAAGUAAGGGAAACUCUUCAGAGACUUUCAGUAGUAAAGUGCUAAAGCAAAAUGUUGCUGAGAAGUACAAUAAAUAUACUAACGAAGAGAAUGAUGUUGUAGUAUAUAUGGAUGAUGAAUUGCAGUAUCAAGAUAUUGAGGAUGAGGAUAAGAAUUCUUAUAAUACCAAACGCAAGGCAUUGAAAACAGAAGGUUGUACAUCAGACAAUGAUCAAGAAGAAAGAGAAUCGUGUAAUAAUUCGAGAUUAUUGUUAGAACAAGAUUUAGAAUCACCUUGGCAUGGGUGGAGAAAAGUUGUAACAAAUACAGAUACAUACUGGGUUGGUUGGUAAAAGAAAUUAAAUCUUGUAUGUAUCAAUAAUGUAAUUUUC